AUGAGUCACCGCAAGUACGAAGCACCUCGCCACGGCUCGCUUGGAUUCCUUCCCCGCAAGCGUGCUGCGCGCCACCGCGGAAAGGUCAAGUCGUUCCCUAAGGAUGACCCCAAGAAGCCGGUGCACCUUACGGCCGUGAUGGGCUACAAGGCCGGCAUGACCCACAUCGUUCGUGACCUUGACCGUCCGGGAUCCAAAAUGCACAAGCGUGAAGUCGUCGAGGCGGUCACUGUCGUAGAGACCCCACCGAUGAUUGUCGUUGGUGUCGUUGGUUACGUUGAAACUCCCCGUGGCCUUCGUACCCUCACCACCGUCUGGGCCUCCCACCUUUCUGAUGAGCUCAAGCGUCGGUUCUACAAGAACUGGUACCGUUCAAAGAAGAAGGCCUUUACGCGCUACGCCAAGAAGCACGCCGAGGACGGCGGCAAGUCCAUCGCUCGUGAAGUCGAGCGCAUCCGCAAGUACUGCACCGUCGUCCGUGUUCUCGCGCACACCCAGAUCCGCAAGACCGGUCUCUCCCAGAAGAAGGCGCACCUCAUGGAGAUCCAGAUCAACGGUGGUUCUGUCGCGGACAAGGUCGAGUACGCCCAGGGUCUCUUCGAGAAGCCCAUCGAGGUUGGCUCUGUGUUCGAGCAGGACGAGGUUGUCGAUAUCAUCGCGGUGACAAAGGGCCACGGGUUCGAGGGUGUCACCCAUCGUUGGGGUACGAAGAAGCUGCCUCGCAAGACGCACAAGGGUCUUCGUAAGGUUGCUUGUAUCGGAGCGUGGCACCCUUCCAAGGUCAUGUUCUCCGUUGCGCGUGCUGGUCAAAACGGUUACCACCACCGUACGGAGCUCAACAAGAAGAUCUACCGUAUGGGCAAGAGCGACGACGAAGGCAACGCGUCGACUGAGCACGACAUCACCAAGAAGACCAUCACUCCGAUGGGUGGCUUCCCCCACUACGGUGUCGUCAAGAACGACUUCGUCAUGCUCAAGGGCUCGAUCCCCGGUACCAAGAAGCGCGUAGUGACCAUCCGCAAGUCGCUGAUGGUCCACACCUCUCGCCGUGAUCUCGAGAAGGUUUCGCUCAAGUUCAUCGAUACGUCGUCGAAGUUCGGUCACGGUGCGUUCCAGACCUUCGAGGAAAAGGCCGCGUUCUUGGGGACGCUCAAGGCCCGUGCGUGA